AUGUCGUCAUCAUCUACCGUUUCAUCAACUUCGUUACCCUCACCUGUUUCCUCUGAAGUAUCUCCUACAUCAACUACACAUACAUCACCAGCUUCGAACACUGGAAGUGUUUCUUCAAAGAUGACUGCCGUAGCUCCAAGCGCUGCUACCACGGACACGGCCUUUGGUGCCAAUACGGGUGCUACAGAGAGAUCACUUGUUAUCGAUACAUCACCUACACCUACACCGUCUCAAGCACCCACCCCUACUCCAAUUAAUCCACAGACAUCACAAACCACGUCGUUUUCUUCGGCAGAUUCAAAUCAGUCCUCGGGCUCUCAAACAACAAAUGACUCGACCCCCGGUGGUGAAGCAUCAGAUAUCACUGGAGAGCUGCAGUUCACUAAGAAAACUAUUACCAAGAAAUCGGACUCUGUUAAAGCCUCCAAACCAUCUUCAGCAUUCUCAUCUUUUUCCUCGUCUUCUCACCUCAAUACACUCGUACCUGCUGGUAAUACGGCCAAGCAGCAUGCCCCCAACUGUUCUGCCAACGCUACUGGCCAAGCUGUGCGCAGACAUGUCCAAUCGACUGUUCUCGGAACUAGUUGUGAGUGCGAUUUACCACAAGCCUCUGCUCAAAUUCAUUCCUCUCCCCCUCCUCUGAUCGAUGACCAUUCUAGAAUCCGAACACCUGCAUCUAUUCCCCCAUCAUUAGCAUCUUCUGUCGAAAUUGGUACUCAUAUGCCUUUUACUGAUAAUAAGCCACCCAGUAACUCGGGAACCACCACUCCAUCGCGAAAUGCCUCUGAUAUUACACUGGUAUCUUCCGACAAUAAGCCACCGGCAGCGAGAAAGUAUCAGCCGGCCCGAGUGGUUCUUAAUGCUGGGUCCACUUCAACUACUUCCACCAAUAGUGCAAGUACAUCACCUAAUAGGGCCCCUUCUCCUCUGGAUUCGAAGUCCAUGGCCAGAGUACCUCCAGGUCCUCUUCAAAACUUUCCUUACAUUGGGCUGAAGAGCAGUCAGCAACAAACUUCACCCUCACCUUCUCCAUGGACAAACCAUCUCUCUUUGCCCUCGUCCCCUACUAAUAACACGUUCGCGACCCCCCCACAUCGAACUUUUAGCAAUGAUAGCUCUUUGUCGGCAGCAUCUAAUUACUUCCCCCCUAAACAGCUUCGCGAGCCCAAAACUCCAUUAUAUAUUCCUGCUGUGUUACGACGUACGGAUGAAACAGCUUAUCAAUCAUCAGGCGGAGAAUAUUUUGGAUAUGGUGCAGCUAAUUCCAAUUAUACCAAAUCCGCAUCGACAUCUCCGGUGAGAGCACCUCCCAGAUACCAUUGGAAACCUGAUUAUGAGCGUGACAAUUGCAAAGAUUGCACAACGAAAUUCACUUUUUUCGAUCGACGACAUCAUUGCAGACGAUGUGGUGACAUAUUCUGCGGGCAGCAUAUCAAAUACACCAUUAUCCUUGAUCAAAAUUUGAAUUUCGCCACUACGGGCUAUCCAUGCAAAUCCUGUUGGUCCUGUGCCAAUGAUUAUGAGGAAUUCAAGCGCUCUUACAGUAAUAAGACUGCUAUUUCUCAAGUCUCAAUGAAAACUCCACCAGCGCCUAUUGAUACGAGCUCAUUACGCGGUGGCCUUGCUGCUGUUGGUGGAAUCGCCGGCACCAGCGUGACGAACAGCCCUCGAAUGUCUUUGCAGAACAAUGAUCCAGUGGGUUCUGUUCCUGCAGACUGGAGCUGGUCUACAUUUUAG